UGACAUUCCUGUCACUUUAACGCAACGUCCCACCCAAAACUUGAUUGUAUUUUGUGUUUUCUUUUCAAUUUAUUGUUAAUCUGCUGAUUAUCAAGUCGAUUUAGAAAGAAUUUGUAAUUUGUGACGAUGUACUAAAACUGUUUUAAGUUUACAGAGAUACCUAAGACAAGGAACAACAAAAUGGCUGAAUUAGCAGCAUUACUACAAACUGAGAUCCCCGAGGGGCGCAGCCAUCUAACAGACAGCCACACUAAUCUAGAACGUGUGGCUGAUUACUGCGAGGCGAAUUAUUUUCAGUCAGAAAAUAAAAGGCUGGCUCUGGAGAGCACCAAAAACUACACAACACAAUCACUUGCUAGUGUUGCAUAUCAAAUAAAUACACUUGCUUACAACUUCCUGCAAUUGCUUGAAUUACAAACAAUGCAGUUGGCGGAGAUGGAAGGACAAAUGAACCAUAUUGCCCAAACUGUGGCCAUUCACAAGGAGAAGGUGGCUAGACGAGAAAUUGGAGUGUUGACUGCAAAUAAGGUGACUAACAGGCAGUACAAAAUCAUUGCUCCUGCUAACCCUGAGAAACCUAUCAAAUAUGUGAGGAAGAGUAUUGAUUACACAGCUCUGGAUGAUAUUGGCCAUGGUGCUCGCUGGAAUGGAGCUACAAGUGGAACUCCAAGAGGUCGGCGAUCAGGCUCUACUCCUAGUGCGGCAACACUACCCGCACCCACCACGAAGCCGCCCACACCUCCAGCUGCUGUGCGAGCUGCUGCAGCUGCUAAUACUGGGACAUUAGGUCGUGGUACAUUGGGUAAAUCUUCACGUGAAUACCGCACACCGCCAGCUGUGGCCCCGCCGCAAGUGCCUUCGCACUAUGCGCCAAAUUAUCCGCGUCGCCCGCCUGGCUACUCUACUUUGCCUGUAGCACAACCACAGGUGGGGAUGGUGCAUCCCAACCAGCAUCAAGCUACUUCCAACUAUUCUCAACAAGAUUUGCAUUCCAGUAUGCCACCACCACCCUCUCCUCUGAUUGGGUCUGAUGGUGAACACAGCCAACAUUCCAUGAGCCUGCCUGGGCAGCGUGCGUCAUCGUCUUCAGCUGGAGGAGGUUCCAUUAGGGGUGGAUCGGUGUCUCCUCCACUGCCUCCACCACCGAUGGACGAUGAGUUGGCGCAUGACGGCUUUGGAAGACCUCACCAUAUGAAUAGCAAGAUGGGAGCUCCCUACUCAAAUGCGGUACCCGCCAUAGUACCUGACGAAGAAGACUUACCUGGAUGGGUGCCCAAGAAUUACAUUGAGAAAGUUGUCGCUAUUUACGAUUACUAUGCUGACAAAGAAGACGAAUUAUCAUUCCAAGAGAGUGCAGUAAUUUAUGUGUUGAAGAAGAAUGAUGAUGGUUGGUGGGAGGGCGUUAUGGACGGUGUCACGGGACUCUUCCCAGGAAACUACGUGGAACCUUGUGUGUAAUCAGAUUCUACAAAUUUUACCUAUAGAUGCCUCUGAAGUAAACUAGGCUAUGAUUACACAUAAUGUACUGCUAUUGUUACUCAACAGUAAAUAUCCCAUCGGUAUAAAUACAAGUUUGUAUCAAUAUAAAUUAACCCUUAAUAGGGCAUGCUAAAACUAUGUAUGUCUGAAACUUUUUCAUUACAAAAAUGUGAUUAUGUAUGUAUACAGAUGUAGGAUUGUAUAUCACCACAUCUGUAGUUAUUUUCGUUUUCUCAAAAAAACAUGUGGGAAAAUAUUUCCCUUUGCCCAUCUUAAACAUUGUCUUUUACUGAAUGUGGGAAAAUGUUUCCCAGGCGGUGGGAAAUAUAUUUCAGUCACAUUAGGUAGUAUAGUCUGGUGUGAUUUAUUCCAUGAAAUAUUUACAAGUAAAUAAAAUACUGUAAUGAAA